CUUUCUUGCGGACCAAUACCAGACACGAAGGCGAGAGCGGUCGGAUUCGGAGAGGCGUCGGCGACGCGGCUCGAUCGCGCACUUGCGUUUGCAGAGCGGAGGGGAGGAGACUAGGAGAGGGCACCGGAGAGGGAGAUGGCGCCGGCGAGCGGGUGGAGCCGGGCGGUGGGGAACACGCGGUCGUUUGUGGGCAACGCGCUGGGCGGCCUCCGCGGGUGGAACAGCGUCGCCUCCUGGGCCGUCGCCGGAACCCUCGCCUACUACCUCUGGGUCAAGCCCGCGCGCCAGCUCCAGAAGGAGCAGGAGGAGCGAGCUGCUUUGGCUGCUGCCUCGGAUCCUUAUCGUUAUGUUGAGAAGCGAAAACCAAUUCCUGACCCACAGGAUACUGGCCUUAUUUAUGGGAAGAAGAAGAAGGAACCGACAACAUCUGACGACUAGUUCCUCUUUGUAUACCAUAUAUCUUGUACCAAAAUGGACCAUCCUUUGCUGUGCAACAAUACUAGGAGGGAUUUCUGCAAAUCUGCUAGCUGCACGCACGAUAAACAUUCCAUAAAAUUGUUGCUUCUAUAUGCUAGCAAGUAGCAAACUCAACAUUGAGUCUUUUUGCAGUUCUGAGUAAUUGAGCUUCAGGAAGUAAUUGUUCACUAUCAUCUAUCGUGUUUGCUCGGAUCAUGAGAAAUGUAAAUGCUUUCAGAAUAGAAACACAGUUGCUAUACUUUUUUGGUAGCUAGAUCUGGAUGUUCACAUGUUUAUGUAUCACUGUAUCAAUUCA